AUGGUAACAACAGCAGCUGACAUCCAGACAACUCCCACUGUAACGACAGGAACGGCUACAAUGAGGCCCAAGCUCAUCGCAAGGCCGUUCGACGCGGACAAACCCGCGCUAUGGUUAGCGCAGCUGGAGACACAGUUCGCUGACCUGGGAUACGUCAGCGAGUCACAUAAGUACAACAAAACGGUACCGCUGAUCGACACUGCGUAUGCCACAGAAGUCGAACAUUUAAUUGUUUCCAGACCUGUAACAAAUCCAUACCAAACAUUAAAAAAUGAACUAAUCAGAUGUUUCACAAAAUCCAGGACUGCGAACAUCAUCCAAUUGUUCGGCAGGGAAAGCAUUGGGGAUCGAACCCCGUCGAAACACCUGAGACAUUUAAAAAGUCUUGUUCCAGGCAUUGACGACGAGGUCCUGAAAACGCGCUGGUUGUCUCAUCUCCCCGAGCAGACGCGAGCUACACUCGCCACCCAGGAGAACGCUUCCAUUGAUGAUCUCGCGAAGCUAGCAGACAGGGUGCACGAGGUAUUCAAUCCGAACAGCGUUGCAGCAAUUACCAGCUCGCCAGCUAACGCAGUCAACACGGCGCUCCUCGAGCGAAUUGAGUAG